CCCCCCACGACGCAACCCAACUUCACAUACGUACGCGUCCAGCUCGUCUUAUACCAUACACAAAUUAAUGAGAGAACCGGUUGCUACUCUUAAAGAAUGGAGAGACAGACAGUAUAAAGAAACAAUCGAUUUUUCCUCAUUAACGUCAACGCAUUAAACGGCUUCUUCUUCUUGUCCUUGUCUGUGGUUUUUGUGUCAAAGGGACUUUUGGGUUACUUUAUUUAUAAGUUCGUUAAUUUCUGAUCACAGGCCCAAAAGUUGCCUUUGCCUCUCUAACCAUAUCCACCUCCCUCCAUUAUCAUAGCCACCUACCCCAACUAAUUGCCAAAUCAAGAAACUCAAGGAGAAAAUAAAGAAUACUGUAACUAUUAGAGAAUCCAAAGCAUCGAAUGAUGAGAAGGAAUACUCCUUUUCUUGAUUUGUGUGCUUGUUUAUGUAUUUUUCCUACCUCUGAACUGGCCCUUUUGGGAUCAUUGUGACAAAUAGCUUGCACGUGCUGAUUUCAGAAUUUCGGGACUUGCUAUUGAGGAUUUCUGAAGUGAGUUAUUCGUUGGUUUUAUUAGCUGGGAUUGUUUAACACCACGUUGACAUGUGGAGGGACCCUGGAGCUCCUGCUGAUGAGUUCUAUCAGGUUCGGCCUGAAUGUACUGAUGUUCCCAAAAGCAAGUUUCGAAUCAAGGCUGGAAAGACAUUAAGUGUGCGGAAAUGGCAGGCUGCAUUUACUCCAGAAGGGCAACUUGAUAUAGGCAAAACACUUAGUCGCAUUUAUCGUGGGGGUAUCCAUCCUUCAAUUAGAGGUGAAGUUUGGGAGUUCCUAUUGGGUUGUUAUGAUCCUAAGAGCACAUUUGAUGAGCGAGACGAGAUUCGGCAAAGUCGUAGGGCAAAAUAUGCCUCAAUUAAAGAAGAGUGCCGGCAAAUGUUUCCUUUGAUUGGAAGUGGUAGGUUUAUCACAGCACCUGUAAUCACCGAAGAUGGUGAGCCUAUUCAAGAUCCUAUAGUACUUCAACAGAUGGAUUUGGACCCGGCAUUAAUAAUGCCACAAAAUGAUGCUGUUGGUCACAAUCCACGAGACAAGAAAGUAAUUCAAUGGAAACUUACACUACAUCAAAUAGGUCUGGAUGUUGUUCGGACUGACAGGACAUUAGUAUUUUACGAGAAGCAAGAAAACUUGUCAAAGCUUUGGGAUAUUCUAGCUGUUUAUGCCUGGUCUGAUGCAGAUGUUGGCUAUUGUCAAGGAAUGAGUGAUCUUUGCUCCCCUAUGAUAAUGCUUCUGGAAGAUGAAGCAGAUGCAUAUUGGUGCUUUGAUCGUCUAAUGCGGAGAUUGCGAGGAAAUUUCAGAUGCACAGAGAGCUCUGUUGGUGUGGAGACACAGCUCAGCAAUCUAGCUUCGAUUACUCAAGUUAUUGAUCCCAAGCUUCAUCAGCACUUAGAAACCCUUGGCGGAGGUGAUUAUCUGUUUGCUUUCCGCAUGCUUAUGGUUUUGUUUCGUAGAGAGUUCUCCUUUUGCGAUUCUUUAUACCUAUGGGAGAUGAUGUGGGCCCUGGAGUAUGACCCAGACAUGUUCUCUAUGUAUGAGGAACCUGAAUCUGCUGCUGAAAAAUCUGAGGGAUCUAAAGGAAAAGUGAAGUCAAGACGCCAGUGUGGAAAGUACGAGAGAGAUAACAUGAAAAAUGGGGGCAAAAAUGAUGAAGCGCCUCUUCCGAUUUCUAUUUUUCUUGUAGCGAGUGUCCUCAAAGAUAAAAGUUCCAAGUUGUUGACGGAAGCUCGAGGUCUAGAUGACGUUGUUAAGAUUCUGAACGACAUGACUGGAAACUUAGAUGCAAAGAAGGCCUGUACUGGUGCUAUGAAACUUCACAAGAAGUAUCUGAAGAAGGCCAAGAAGCCAUGAUAGUGCAUGCAACAAUAGUUUUGAUAUUCAGAAGGCAUAAAUAUCCGUGCCGUAUACUUUUGAGCAUUUUCAAGAAAGAGCAGAUGAAAUUGCAGUCUGCAGUUUGGUUUAGAUUAGAGUGUCAAUUGUACAUUUUUCUAUCGGUACAGUCUUAAGGGUAUUAUCAAUUGUGUACACAUCCCACGGCACGGAUGCAUCUGAUUGAAAAUGCGUUUGGAAGAAAAUUUUUUUUUUUAUUCUCGUCACACCUCCUCAAUAUUCUUAUUCUUAUACCAUAUUCAUCUAAGGGUGGUGGGUGUAUUGCUCGUGUGGAGCGAGCUAAGUUGUAGCUUUUGUAAAACUCUGAUGAAAUGCAAAACAUUUAAGAAAAGAUUUGGUUGGUA